AUGAGUGAUAAUAUAAAAAGAUUGCCAUUACAGUCCGAAAAUAUGGAAGUAAAAAAAACAUUAUCAGGAAGAGUAGCUGAUGAUGGUAUAAAAAGAACCCCAUCUGGAAAGCCAAUACAAACAAUGUAUGUAUUAAAUAGAAAAGGAGAAGAAGAAGAUAUUUCUUUUGAUCAGAUUUUGAAAAGAAUACAAAGAUUAUCUUAUGGUCUUCAUGAAUUGGUUGAUCCAGCUAGAGUAACCCAAGGAGUGAUUAAUGGAAUGUAUAGUGGAAUAAAAACAUGUGAACUAGAUGAAUUAGCUGCUCAAACAUGUGCUUAUAUGGCUACAACUCAUCCUGAUUUUUCUAUAUUAGCUGCCCGUAUAACUACAGAUAAUUUACAUAAAAAUACCAGUGAUGAUAUUGCAGAAGUGGCAGAGGCAUUGUAUUCUUAUAAGGAUAUUAGAGGAAGGCCAGCUAGUCUUAUUAGUAAAGAAGUUUAUGAUUUUAUUAUGUUGCAUAAAGAUCGUUUAAAUAAAGAAAUUGAUUAUACAAGGGACUUUAAUUAUGAUUAUUUUGGAUUUAAAACAUUAGAAAGAUCUUAUUUAUUACGUAUUAAUAAAAAAAUUAUUGAAAGGCCACAACAUUUAUUAAUGAGAGUAUCUAUUGGUAUACAUAUCGAUGAUAUAGAAAAAGCAUUAGAAACUUAUCAUUUAAUGUCACAAAAAUAUUUUACUCACGCAACUCCAACAUUAUUUAACUCUGGAACACCAAGACCACAAAUGUCUUCUUGUUUUUUGUUGUCAAUUAAAGCAGAUUCUAUUGAAGGAAUUUUUGAAACUUUAAAACAGUGUGCUUUAAUUAGUAAAACUGCAGGAGGUAUUGGUGUAGCAGUUCAAGAUGUAAGAGGGCAAAAUUCUUAUAUUAGAGGUACAAAUGGUAUAUCCAAUGGUCUCGUUCCUAUGUUGAGAGUUUUUAAUGAUACUGCAAGAUAUGUAGACCAAGGUGGAGGAAAAAGAAAAGGAUCUUUUGCUGUUUAUAUUGAGCCAUGGCAUUCUGAUAUUUUCGAAUUUUUAGAUUUAAGAAAAAAUCAUGGAAAAGAAGAAUUAAGAGCAAGGGAUUUAUUUUAUGCUAUAUGGGUACCUGAUUUAUUUAUGAGGAGAGUAAAAGAAAAUAAAAAUUGGACUUUGAUGUGCCCCAAUGAAUGUCCUGGAUUAAGUGAUACUUGGGGAGAAGAAUUUGAAAAAUUAUAUACUAAAUAUGAAGAACAGAAUUUAGGAAAAAAAACUGUAUUGGCUCAAGAUUUAUGGUUUGCCAUAUUACAAAGUCAAAUAGAAACAGGGGUUCCAUAUAUGUUGUACAAAGAUUCUUGUAAUGCUAAAUCAAAUCAAAAAAAUUUAGGUACUAUAAAAUGUAGUAAUUUAUGUUGUGAAAUUAUAGAAUAUACGUCCCCUGAUGAAGUUGCUGUGUGUAAUUUAGCUUCAAUUGCAUUAUGCAAAUUUGUAGAUGUUGAAAAAAAACAAUUUGAUUUCAAAAAGUUAUAUGAAAUUACAAAAAUUAUUACAAGAAAUUUAGAUAAAAUUAUUGAAAGAAAUUAUUAUCCAGUCAAAGAAGCAAGAACUUCAAAUAUUAGACAUAGACCUAUUGGUAUUGGGGUUCAAGGAUUAGCAGACACCUUUAUGUUAUUAAGAUAUCCUUAUGAAUCUGAGCCUGCUAAAGAAUUAAAUAAAAGGAUCUUUGAAACUAUGUAUUAUGCUGCUUUAGAAAUGUCUGUAGAACUAGCACAAAUUUAUGGACCUUAUGAAUCAUUUCAAGGAAGUCCAGCAAGUCAAGGAAUUUUACAAUUUGAUAUGUGGAAUGCAAAAGUAGAUAAUAAAUAUUGGAAUUGGGAUGAAUUAAAAGCUAAGAUACGUAAACAUGGUUUAAGAAAUUCUUUAUUACUAGCACCUAUGCCAACUGCGUCAACAUCUCAAAUUCUCGGAAAUAACGAAUCGUUUGAACCUUAUACUAGUAAUAUUUAUUAUAGAAGAGUUUUGAGUGGAGAAUUUUUUGUUGUUAACCCUCAUUUGUUAAAAGAUUUAUUUGAUAGAGGAUUGUGGGAUGAAGAUAUGAAGCAACAAUUGAUUGCACACAAUGGAAGUGUUCAAUAUAUAAGUGAAAUACCUGAUGAUUUAAAAGAAUUGUAUAAAACUGUUUGGGAAAUUAAGCAAAAAAAUAUUAUAGAUAUGGCUGCUGAUAGAGGAAUUUUUAUUGAUCAAUCUCAAUCAUUAAACAUUUAUAUUCAAAAGCCAACAUUUGCAAAAUUGUCGAGUAUGCAUUUUUAUGGAUGGGAAAAGGGAUUAAAAACAGGAGCUUAUUAUUUAAGAACUCAAGCUGCAACUGAUGCAAUUAAGUUUACAGUUGAUACACAUGUAGCUAAAAAUGCAGCAAAACUAAAAAAUGCAGAUGGAAUAGCUAUUACAAGAGAAAUUUCAAGGGAGACCAUUUCAACAGAGUCAACUGUUACGCAAAAUGUAUGUCCAUUACGUCGUAAUAAUGAUGAUCAAUGUCUAAUGUGUUCAGGAUAA